AUGUCUUCCUAAUCCCAGGAGGACGUGCGGACGUGUUUGACAGUUAUCCAAAAAUGGGGCUCUGAAGUUGAUGAACUGACCUCUCAGGAGUCAAAUCCUGUCUGAAAACCACCCCCACAGAUUAAUAUCAAUUUAUAGUAGUUGUGUUGUUGUUCUAACGUGUCCAUAAAAUAGAAAAACACGAAUGAAUGAACACGUGAAGGAGCAGAAAGCAGACAGACAGACAGACAGAGAGCAAUGAACGUGGUGCUGAGCUGAGCAAAGAGGAGGACAAAGAGUCUCAUAACAAACGGUUCAUACUACAACCAUCCAAACGCCCGAAGAAGAAUCUCUGCGGAGUGAGUCAUCCUGUUAUAACAGACGAUCUUCGCCUGCUAGCUGCAGAGCUACUGCUAAAGCAGCAGCGACUAGAGAGACCAGAAGGUUCAGACCGGGUCUCGUCCUCAGCUCCUCAGCUCCUCUGCUCCUCUGCUCCUCUGCUCCGGUAUGAUGCCCAGUGACACCAUCAUGACCUCCAUCGUUCAGAGAAUCGCCCGCCAGGCUCUCGUCACCUUCAGGAGCAGCGAGGAGGCCGGUAAAACCUUCCUGGAGAACCAGAGCAAGCUGCGGAGCCUGAUGACGGAGGUGCGCGCGGCCGACCUGAAGCUGUCCCCGAGGAGAGCAGCCUCAGACGGCCACCAGCAGCUGCAGCUCCACGGGCCUCCGGUCACCUACAUGCACAUCUGCGAGAUGGACCACUUCAGCAUGGGGGUGUUCCUCCUGAAGAGCGGAGCCUCCAUCCCGCUGCACGACCACCCGGGGAUGCACGGCAUGCUCAAAGUCAUGUACGGGACGGUCCGGAUCAGCUGCUUCGACCGGCUGGAUCCUCCUCCUCCACCGGGCUCACCUCCUCCACCGGGCUCCCUGCGGCGCUCCCUGCUGCGCUCCACCGAGGUGUACACGGAGGACAGCGACCCCUGCGUGCUGUCCCCGGACCGGGACAACCUGCACCAGAUCGACGCCGUGGACGGUCCCUCCGCCUUCAUGGACAUCCUGGCUCCACCGUACGACCCGGAGGACGGCAGAGACUGCCACUACUACAAGCUGCUGACUGAAGCAGAGGUCAAACACACAGAGCAGGAGAAGGAGAAGGAGGUCUGGCUCAUGGAGAUCUCACAGCCUCCGGAUUUCUGGUGCGGUGGGGAGCCCUACCCGGGCCCGGAGGUCUGCCUCUGAUCCACCUCUCUGGUCUGCAGCCUGCAAAACAUCUUCUUUUCUCGGGCUGGUUUAUCAGAGGUCAAAGGUCAACUUUAUUAUCCCACAAGGGGAAAUUCAUGUGGUCUUAUGCACCCUGUAGCGGCACAAGGCCGGGGGGCUUUUUGUGGACUUGCUUGGACAAACUGGGCUCAAUGAAGGGGUCUUUAUCUAAAUCAUUAAUCCAUGUGAAGCCUUUAGAGCAGGGCUGCCCAAACUGGGGCCCGCGGGUCAAAGUGGGGACGCCAUAAGUUUUGAUUUGGCCCCGCCAGAUGUUUGCAAAUUUAUUUAUUUUUUAUUAAAGGGACUGUUUGUAACUUUUUACACGUAUAAAUGUACCGGGUCGGUGUCCCAUACGCGCUCGCAUACGCGCUCCAUUCUCACGUGCAUGUGCGCACACUCCACACUGCAGAAGAGUUAGUUUAGCUCUGAGAAUAUCUAGUGAAUGUA